AUGAUUGUUGACAUUCUCAAAAGUUGUGAGUACGAUAAAAAUCUUCGCACUUCAAUUAUACGUAUGCAUCAUGCACGUCUUCAUCGCCCAAUUUAUGAUGAGGAUUUUGCUUUGUUUAAAACAGAGGUGCAACAAAUGAUUCAGGAGUAUAAUGAUUCCGGGGAUAAUAACAAAAUCCUGAUCAGGCAGAAAUUAAAUGACGCAAUCAGGAACUGCAAGCUGCACAUUGGUGGCGAUUUAGCUUACAGUACUACCCCACUCAUCCAGAAGAACUUCGCUAAGUUCUAUACUCCUCGUCUUGUUCUUCUCAAGAAGGCAUUAUCUCAAAUGAAUUGA